AUGGAAACCCAUGACUUGCUGCCAAUGUUUUUAGUCAGUCUGUCCGUCCAGGUCGUCUCAGUUUAUGGGGAAUAUGUGUAUAUCCUGAGUUCCGUCAGCCGGUCAAGAUCACGUGACGAGAUGUGUAUUUGCUACCUAAGCUCGCUUAGCCACGGCCUGACCAAGGUGGACAUGUACGGGAAAGCCCUGAACUCCACGAUGCGCUAUUCGUUGGUGCAGUAUGACGUCUUGACAGUUGAGCUGAACUUGACCCGCGCGGAACGCGAAACUAAAAUGCACCAUGCCGUUGUUGUCAACAGCAGCGGACAAUUAACAGUGUCGGUCGUCAUGGAAUCAAAGUCCAUUCUUACUAGCUACACGGUGCUUCCCGUCCACAUUUGGGGCAAGGUUUACGCGUUGAGUGGCGCACAAGUAUACAGCUCAACAGUUCAAAUCCUCACUGCCGAAGAGUGGGUAAAUGUAACCCUGACUAAAUAUUCAGCCCCACCAGCAAUACUUCAAAGGUUAGAUCUCUAUACCAACACGAGACGCGCUCAGCAGGUUAUAAGGAAUUUCUCCAUAACACCAGUCCAAGUUCUGGUCAUACCUUUCUGCAAUCUGAAUGGUAAACAGUUUGAAAAUGAAACUCUUCAGUUUGAAGGAACCAGUCGAUUUGGUGUCAUUCUUAGCAAGUGUAACAGAGAAGGAAAUCACUGCCCGGAUGCUAUCAACACAGAUGUCUCCGGUGACCGUGAGUCUUUGAAUCAUAACAGACACUACGCAAACAUGCCCUUGUCUGUUGAACUGCUGGGCAAUGAGUUCGUCCUUCUGGGUUCUGAGUGGACAGUCUCCAGCCGUAUUUUGCUAGUGACCACUGUGCCCAGGACAUAUGUCAUGUUGCUGAUGGGCAGCGGUCAGAAGUAUAAGCAGAUUCAUUUAUCUGACAAAUAUAUGUCUUAUACAAUGAAGAAUGGUCAAGGUAUUGUUGUGAUCAAAAGUACUGAGCCUCUAUACGUCUAUAGUGUGCACCAGUCGUGCUUUCCCAGCAUGCCAAAUACGGUUCAACCGGACCUGGAUGUGUGGAGGAUUUAUACAGUGGUUCCAGUGUCAUUGUACUAUCACAUCUAUAUGUGGAGAACGCCUGCAUUGCAGUAUCAUAGUGUCAGUUAUCAAGUUAUUCUCAUCAUGAAUCACUCGAACCAGGAUGAGUUAAUUCUAGACACUCACAACCUGACAGUAACCAAUUGGACAAAACCGGGAACCAAUGUGAGUUGGAUUCUUGGAAGCUUUCUUCUGGACACGCCCGGUUCUCACGUGCUGCAAAGCCUCCACUCAAUACACAGCUUCGGCUGCUACCUAAAAUUGACGACAAAUAAACACACACUCGAAGAUGAGAUUCGGUUUGCUGGGCUAGAUAUUUUUGAUUUGAAAUAUGGUCAUGAUGAGCUGAGAGCCUCCAGGGUCAGAAGAUACAAGACAACGAAGAGAACAAUAUUGUACAGGAGAGAUGUGGAGGUAAUCACUAGUUGCUCAGCGCUCUGUAAGACUAACAGCUACGCCAUUACACAGAUGGUCUGUUCAGCUGUCAACACCAGCAUGGGCUAUCCUUGUUCAGCUGUCGGGGCCAGGGGGGAGCCCCAGACAAGCAGACAUAUCCGUUGCCCCUGGAAGACGAUAUGUCCAGAAGACUGCCCUGAUGGCAAGUGGGGCUACAACUGUACAGAGACGUGCCUGCAGUGUGAGGUGGUCUGUGACAAGUUCAAUGGAGAGUGUGACGAGUGCUCCCUGGGCUACAUGUACAGCGACAGCACCAAGAGGAUCUGUGAUAAAAAUUGUCCUGAAUUUACAUAUGGAAAAAUGUGCAAAUUUAAAUGUAAAGAAAAAUGCGGAGGAGAUUGCGCAGAGAGACUCCAUGGCACAUGCCCAGCGUGUAAAUCUCGGAAAUGGGGCAAAGGCUGCACUGAAGAUUGCCCUCCCUUUUGUGACGGCGAAUGCUCCUCAGAUAAGGGACACUGCUCAUCAUGCAUGCCAGGGUACCAAAAUGAGCAGGGCGAAGCCCCUCGUUGUCAGAUGGAAUGUCCGGACGGUAGCUACGGUCCGAACUGCAAACAAAUGUGCCCGCCCAACUGUGCUGAGAUUUGUGACAAGAAAACAGGCGCGUGCUCGAAGUGUAAAAAGGGCUACUUCCACUCUCAAGGCGCCGAAGACUGCAAAAAUUCCUGUCCUCCAAUGUUUUACGGGGAUGGUUGUAAAGGUUCCUGCCAAACGAAGUGUGGUAUGGAGUGCUUAGAUAAAGGAGAGGGAACUUGCCCAGAUUGCCCAGAGGGCAUGUGGGGCCUAGGAUGCUCCUCCAACUGUGGAGAGAACUGCAUCGGGCCCUGCUCUCGUAGCACUGGAGAAUGUGACGCGUGUUCUAGAGGUUUCACCAAAGACUCUCGUCACUUAGCCUGUGAUAAAGAAUGUGAUGACAUGCACUACGGGAUGAACUGUGAGAGUUCAUGUGAAGAGAAAUGUGGGAGAGAGUGUGCGGAGAAAGUAGAAGGUACCUGCAAACCUUGUGAGACAGGGACUUGGGGGUUCGGUUGUAAAAACCUGUGUAGUAAAAACUGUUUUGAGGACUGUAACAAUAAAACUGGAGAAUGCAUGUCCUGUAAACCUGGUUUCCGGAACGCUCCAAACGACAAAACAUGUAUGGCCGAUUGUCCGCCUAUGACGUAUGGUCGUGAGUGUAAAGGCUCAUGUUCAGUGAAGUGUAACGGCCAGGACUGUGUGGAGAAAGUUCUCGGUCUCUGUAUAAACUGUCCUAAGUUCAGGUGGGGUCAGGACUGCAGCAACGAGUGUUCGCCUAACUGUGACGACAUCUGUGACCAGGCUACAGGGGAAUGUAAAGUUUGCAAGAAAGGUUUCACCAGCAUAUCUCGCAAAGAACCCUUUUGCCAGCUAGAAUGUCCACCAAUGACCUUUGGACUCAAUUGUGAAGGUCUGUGCAUGGACAAAUGUGGAGCAGAAUGUUUGGAAAAGGUGGAAGGUACCUGUCGAGGUUCGAAAGUAGUUUUAAAGAUGUUAGGCGGGGUGGUCAUCGUCUUAAUCUGCUUGGCCUUGCUUUACUACUUCAGCCGAAGAGGCACAGAGAAAAAUCAUGCAGCUAGAAGCGUGUCAGCUUCAACGUCCUAUGAUUAUCAAAGAAGUUCCAACAGUGCAGAACCUGCAAAUGAUCCUGGCGGCGCCGAUUCUUACGGCAGCGACAUUGAUGAGGCUCCAUCCAGACAUUCUCAAAGCUCGUCAUCCAAUUGAGAAGUACCAAGAAGCUAGAUCUCGAUCUCGUAGACAUGUUGACUCAUGCAUGUCUAGACCUCAAUAAGACACUUCGAGUUGCCUUUUUUUUAAACCCAGACAUGUCAACAAUCAAGUUUACAGAUGUCUUCUUUACUUUGCUAUAUGUUGUAAUACUCCAUACUUGUUUGUAAAAUGUUUUGCAUGUUUCGGAUGUUUUACAUCUUUCGGAUGUUCUUUCAGAGUGGAUGAUAAUCUAUAUUCUAGCUAAAACCUCCCGCAGGACGACCGGGGAUGGCAGCGGGCAGGUAUGAACCCGGGACCAUCGAGGCGACCGAACGACAGUCCAGAGCGCAUACCGCCAGACCAGUCAGCCAUGUCUAGAUCUAUUGUUGACUAUGUUUAUUAAUCUGUAUUUGUUAUUUUAUUAAUCUCUUGCGAUAUUGUAGAUGUCGAUAAUACUUUAUUUGUUGAGCAUCUAAUGUAAAGGUGAAAUUUAAUUUAUUGAUAUCUUUUCAGUUCAGGAGUAAUUUUUUUUUCACAGGAAAAGUAAAUAGCAUAUAAAAUACAAUAAUUUCUGUAGUUGAAGCGAUAUUGUAGAUAGAUUUUAUAAUUUUGGUUUUGUAACAAAAGUUUGGGGGCAAAACUUUACUUUGUAACUGUUGGCUGCUGAAGCAAUUUUUAAAACUUCAAUAACAUAAAUUGUAUUUUAUGAUAUAAAUUGUAUUUUAUCAUGAAUCGUUUCUGAAUAAAAGACUAAUAACUAUGUACUUAUUGAGUUCUUGUUUCGACUUGUUAUUCUCAUCGUC